CGAUUUUAACCUCUCGUGACCGCGUACCGACUAUACAUUCUACUAUCUUUAAUUUUACACAGUAACUACACACACGCGCGCGCGCACGGAAACCGUAGUGUUUACUCGUUUUUGGUUAAUAUUAUUAAUUUCGUUAUAUUAUUAUCUAUUAUUAUUGUACCUAUUUGUACUCAUAUAUUGUUGUUUUAUUGUUUAAAUAAUAUUAAAGUCACUGUACACCGCGUUAACGCGACGUCGAGCUGUCGACACCGUUUGUAGUCGUGAGUCGUGACUCGUGGUGACGUCUGUUGAAGUGCUGAAGGUGUUGUACCACUGUACCAUUGUCUGAGUUGCCACUCUCCGUAUUCUCAAUACUGCCGUACAUCCUCCAUCAAGACACUCAAGUAAGCAAGAAUUUUGACAAAAUCACGAACACAUUUUGAGUUAGAAAUCUGGUACAUGUGUCCUGUGCUAUCUGCAAAAAACCACGGUGUUAUGUCAGUAACAGAAAUGGAUAUCAUUCAAACUUCAUCUUGUGAAAAUAAUCUGAAGGAAGUUCUGAAAUCCAAUGAAUGUGAACCAGCACAUUUUAAAAAUAACUCUCAUUCUGUCAGAAUACUGGAAGACUUACAAUCUCUACGCAAAAAUGAAGUUCUAUGUGAUGCUAGAUUUGAAGCAGAUGAUGGUAAAAUUGUUAUUGGACAUAAAAAUGUUCUAAUAGCGGCUAGUCCAUAUUUUCGUGCCAUGUUCAGUAGUUUUGAUGAAAGCAAUAAAGAUAUUAUUCAUAUAAGAGAAUUGGAUUCAACCAUUUUACAAUUAUUAGUAGAUUAUAUUUAUACUGGAGAAAUCAUGGUCACAAAAGAAAAUGUACAGGUGUUGUUACUAGCUUCAAAUGUCUUACAGCUAGAUUUUGUGAACAGGGCAUGUGUUGAGUUUUUACAAAAACAACUGGAUGUAUCAAAUUGUAUUUAUAUCAAAAAAUUUGCUGACUUACAUAACUGUACGGAAUUGAUGUCGAGUUCUGAAGCAUAUAUUAAACAAAAUUUUUUAGAAGUGAUUAAAGGUGAUGAGUACCUAUCUUUAUCCUGUGAAGAUUUGGGGAAGCUUAUUUCUUGUAAUGACCUUGCUGUUCCAUUUGAAGAAAAAGUAUUUGAUUGUGUUAUUAAAUGGGUAAGACAUGAUUUAGAUCAGAGAAAAAAUGUUUUGCCACAACUAAUGGAACAUGUACGAUUGCCUUUAUUAAGGCCUGAUAUUUUAGAUAAUGUGGUGGAAGAACCUCUUCUGAAUAAUUGUUCUAAAUGUAGAGAUUAUGUAUUUGAAGCUAUGCGUUUUCAUCUAAAAAAAUCAGUUCAGCAAUUCAUCAUGCCAAAAACAAUUAGUUGUACACCUAGACAAUUUGGUGGUUCUCAAAAAGUUAUUCUAAUGUUCAAUGAGUCUGAUACAUUUCCAAAGUGUUAUACAGAAUGGUAUGACCCAGUAACAAAUAUACGAGAGAAUGCACCAGGGAUAAAUGAUUGUCGUCGGUUGGCUGGUCUUGGUGUAAUAAGAGAUAAAUUUGUGUUUGCUGUGAGCGGUAUAUCUAAAUCUGUUUUUAUGCUUGAUGUUUCUUUAAAAUCACCAUCUUGGGUUCCAAUGGCCAACAUGUUAGUUAAUCGAAAUCGGUUAGGAGUCGGAGUAUUAGGUGAUUCCAUAUAUGCUGUUGGUGGACUUGACGACAACAGUGGUUUAGAUAGUGUAGAGGUCUUUGAUGUCAGUAUUCAAAAAUGGCAAAUGGUUUCAAGUAUGUCAAUUAAGAGAAUUACUGUUGGUGUUGGUGUACUCAAUAAUCAUUUAUAUGCGGUUGGAGGUUAUAAUAGCAGUGAAAAAAAUUUAAAAUCUGUAGAAUAUUAUGAUCCUACACUUGACGCAUGGACGGCAGUUACUGAUAUGUUUGUGUGUCGUCAAGGUGCUGGUGUAGGUGUCUUGGAUGGGCUUAUGUAUGCUAUUGGUGGUUAUAAUGGUCAUGAGUGGCUUAAAAGCGUUGAGGUUUAUAGACCGAGUGAUGGAGUUUGGACUGCUGUAGCUGAUAUGGAAAUAUGCCGAUUUCGUCCUGGAGUAGUGGCAUUAAAUGGCUUAUUGUAUGUUAUUGGUGGAGAAUAUGAUAAAUCUAUGAAGGAUACUGUAGAAAUUUACAACCCUAACUCCAAUACUUGGACCAUGGAGAGAUUGUCAAGAAAUGUAGGACGAAUUUAUAGUGGAGUAGUUGUGGAUAGACCACCAAAUUUUAUUAACUAAUCGGCAUACAUAAUAGUCUCAUUGUUACUAGUAAUAUGAAUAUAUUUAUGUAUAAUUUAUGACAAAACAUGUAUUGUUCUAUUAAUUUUUCUUUUUUUAAAUGUUUGAUAAAAAUGUUUUUUUUUUUUAUAUAAUUUAAAUUCAUUAUUUAUAAUUUAAAUGAAUAAGCUAUAAAGUUAAUUAUAUUAUAGUAUAUCUAUCAGAAAAAUCUUAUAUAAUUUACAAUAUACAUUUUAUCUUUUAGA